AUGCCACCGAAACGUAAAAUACGGAACCUACGGACCAGAAAUGAUCAAGUGUCAUUUUUCGAUCCGGUCUAUCAAAAUAACGGAAUACCGAUCAGUGAUGACAAUGAAUCUGGUGACGACGAGAAUGAUCUCUUAGCUGAAGGUAUUCCUCGACCAACUAUUAGCACGAGUGAUAAGAAUGAGUCGAACGAAACAUUGGAUAAUGCUACAAUUGUCAAUAGUGAUCAUGAACAAUCAUCUGAAAUCCUUUCAACAUCUAAACUCAUUGCUCGAAUACGAGAAAUACAAAAAUCGAUCUAUCAAGCACAGACAAUGCUCGAAUCCAUGGAAAAAUAUAAAGAUAUUGUGCCAGGAUGCACUCAGCAACAUGAUAAACUACGCUCAAUCAUUCACAAUCUAGAAGAACAACAAGCUAGCUACGUUAAUUUACUCAACUUAAUAACAUUAACAGCAGAGGAACGUUCAGCUGUGCUCAGCCGACAAUCAGCAUCUAAGCAUCAAGCUCAACUGAGUCAUAGAAAUGAAGAAGAAGAAGAUGAUGAUGAUGAUGAAGAUGGUGAUGAUGAUCUCUCGCUUCGUGGCAAUAUCCGAUCGCCAAUUCGUCCACGUAUCGAAAGUAAAAUAGGUUUUGUUCCUCAAGCGCCAACACCAGUUCUACCCACAAUAAAUUUGUCUGACAAUGAACAAAAUAGUCGAAAUGACUAUUCCAAUUACGAUUCGCUUGUUGGAAGUUUGAAAAGCGAUACACUGAAUUGGAAAGAUCAACAGGGAACAUCUGAUGAAGAUGCCACUGAUGCGGAAAGUGAAAAAGAAAUGGAAAGAAAUUUAACAUUACAGAAAGAACAAAUUCGUGCUUUGCAAGGUCAGCAACGAGCACUGUUGGCAUUGAAACGACGUUCCGAACAGCGUCUAAUGGAACAACAACAGCAAUCAAGAGGCCCGACAAGUUCUAGCAUGAAUGAAGAUAACCUUUUAUCUGAUAUUCAUAAUCUACGCGAUCGCUUGAAAUUACUUCGAAGUCGUUAUGAACAAAAGCAUCAACGAGAACUUCAACUAUUAAAAAACUCGUCAAAACAGCCAAGAAUCUCGGCAGAAAAUCGUCUAAAAAAUCUCAAACAUGUUCACGAACGAUUAGAUGAAUUGGAACAAAUCGUUACAUACUACCAAACAGAUGUCAAUUCUCAGCCAGAUGAAGAAUCUCCACAAGUAAUCGAUGAAAUAACUGCAAAUGACCGCACUCCUGAACAACUUGAUGAACUAUCUAGUGAACUAGCGGCCAAACGAUUGGAACUUGAACAAGCGAAAUCAGCACUAGGACAACUUCAACAUAUGGUCAAGAAGAUUCAACCCGAUGAAUAUUCAUCGUCAGCAUCAUCGUCACAUUCAACUCCGCUUUCGAAAAGUCAUGGUUUUGAACGUUGCAACAAUCAAUUUACGUACAGUGCAAGAUCAUCACAACAUACGCAAACUGAACCAGCGAUCGCGAAAUGUUCGUCGCCAGUGGAGAACUUUCCAGCUGAUAUGAAAAUCGCAGCCCAACAUCGUGAAAUUGAACGUCUAGUCGAAUCUCGUCAACGUCUACAUACGUUAAAAAAUCAAAUAACUUCAUUACAUCAAACUAUGAACACGCCAUCGGUUCAACUGAGAGCAUAUGAAGAAAAACUGAAUGAUUCGAAAAAUCUUCGUCCUACACGUCAUUGCACUUACGCAGAAGUUUCCAGCGACGAUGAUGAAUCGAGCGCCUAUCCUUCCGAUAUUGAUGUAGAUAAAGAGAAUUGCAUUGAGAUGAAUCGAUCAUCACCCAUAAAACAAAGUAACCUCUGUGCAUCGGAUAGUUUUCGUCCGAAACUUGUACAGAGUCCGAAUGAAUUAAAUGAACAAAUGCGUGAAAUCUCUGCUUGCUUGUCAACAUUCAUCCAAGAACAAAAAUCGUUCAAUCGUCAUAUUGAACAACGCUUAACAGCAACGACAGAAUCACCUGUGACUCCGGCAGCCGAUCCAGUAUUCAGUCAAUUGCAAAAUCAAGUCUUAACGCAAGGCCUAAUCGUCAAUCUAAACACAGCCUAUCGUGAAAUAGCAGUUUUACAAUCCGAGAUCAAUGCCCUUCAAUCGGAAAAUAACCGUUUGACAUCAUCGAUUUCGUUUGAUCAACAAUAUAUGCAUCAAAUUCCACGCGGCUAUGCACGAGAAGAUUCCAAAGAUUCGAUCUAUGCAUUCAAUCAAACAAUACGUCCGCGACCACGACCUAGUCUAGAACAACAAUCAAGACAACAAAAUCUUCUUCUCAUGACAAAUCGUUUAUUGGAAAAUCCAAGUAGCACAUCAUUUCAGAGUCAAAGCACAAGUCAACAAACGGCUAUCCGUAUUGAUAACAACGAAAUGGAUGCAUCACCAAUACAAAAACAAAGAAAUGGUACAUUUUCCACCGACGAUUCAUCACCACGUCCAUCUAUGCAGCCGAAAUCUGAUAUUUACGAUCUUCCAAAUCAAUUUAAUCCUUUUUUAAAAGAAGAUCCUUCAAAAUCCUUCAUAAUUCAUCGUCGACCGGUACCCACUGAAAAUCAACUAAAUGAUUACAAACAAAAAUCGGAUCAACAGUCGACACUAUCAUCUGUUGAUGAUUAUCAACAGCUACAAGAGUUACCAUUCAAUGAUGAUACUGACGAUGAAAGGCAAUCGAGUGAAUUUUCGACUUCGGUUUUUAAUAUUCAACCAGAAUCUCAUUAUACAUUGACCAACCAAAAUAUAAGUAAUAAUGAGAUACAAACAAUCGAUUUACAAGUCAAAUCAAUUAUGGUUCAAUUAAUUCCAUUCAUGCGUUUGCAUAUUAACGAUAUUUUUAAUCAAUCGAUUCUGUGCCAUAUUCGCGGACGUAUACUUUUUCUUUUCAAGCAACAACCUGACUCAGCGCAACUGCUGCAUCCAUUUGAAAAUCAGUUUUCUGAAUUAGUUGAAACAACUAUAGAAAAAUAUUGUGGAUCGACCAUUCGUGAAUGUGCUGCUGAUCUGAUUCGUGAUGUAUCAAAUGUUGCAUUUGACGAAAUGAUUCGAUAUAAGAUCUAUCAGAACACGAAUUUUAUGCAAACAAAAACACGAGACAAAGAUGAUUAUUCACAUCUGUAUGAUAAUCCAUCGGCAAGAUAUCAUGCGCAACAAACUCCAGCAUACGCUAAUGGAGAGAAUGGCAUUUUGCAUGAUACGGAAACAGAAGAACCACGGUUAACAUCAAAUGGGAAUGAUUCGGAUUCCGAUGAAGAGGAAAAUGAAUUACAAUCAACUGUACGGCUUGCAGAUAGAUAUCUUCAUGCGAAUGAACACUUAGCAAAAAGCAAUGGUCAUGAAUAUAUUCUUGUCAACAAUGAUAAUUCAUAA